UGAGGAGAUAAAAUCCAGUGAUGUUUCAGAUGGAAAAAUUGCAGCAAGUAGUUGAGUUUAUGACCACUGUUUGUGUGCAGAUUCUAGUGAUAAGAUUAGUGUUCCGUAUUUUCCAAUUGGAAGGUUGGCGGGUUUGCUGAUUUUUGACUGCAAUAGCGAGCUGACAUGAUAUAUUGGAGUCAAUAAAUUGCCGGUCCCAAUUCUUUAUCUAUUAAUCUAUCAUUUAAUAAAUGCAUAUGAUUUUGUUUUAGUGGAUAGUAGGCAUAGAUGCAAUUUAGGGGUAUGAUAUAGCGUUACAUAGAAUAAAUUUGUAAUUGUUAAGCUUAAUUGCAUUUAAAUACCCUAUAGUUGCCCUUACUUUGCGCUUAUAUGUCCUCACUUGUAUUUCGCAGCACUUAUGUACUAAAACUGCCAAUUAUAUACCCUCAUUGUUUUUGUAGCACUAAUAUACCCAAAAGUAGUUUUUAAAACUUGCACUUGAAUAAUCUAAAUUUUUUAAAACUUGCACUUAAGUGCCCUCAGUUUACUUAAAUACCCUUAAUUAUGCAAACUUAGAGGGUAUUUAUGUGUAAGAUUUAAAAAUUUUAGGGUAUUUAAAAACAACUUUUAAAACUUUUAUGGUAUAUAAGUGCUCCCAUAAACAAAUGAAGGUAUACAAGUGGAAGUUUUAAAAUUUUAGGGUAUAUAGGACAAGUGAGGGUAUAUAAGUUCAACAUAGCUGAAACUAUAGGGUAUUUAAGUGCAAUUAAGCCUAAUUGUAACAAAUAUUAGGGUUAUUUGCACUUUGGUAUGCUAAAGUUUACAUCAUUUUUAACUUUUAUACCUUAUAGAUUUUUUCGAUACUUUGAAUCUUUGAUACGACAAUGUUUACAUUUAAAAAAAAACUUUGGUACCCCAACAUUUCUCCCGAUCACACUAAUAAACCCAAAGUUUCACUUUUUGAUCUUUGAGACCCUAAAGUUUUGUUUUAAUUUUGAUACCCCAAUUUUGUAGGGGUAUCAAAGUUAAAAAUCUGGGUUUACUGGGGUGUCAAAGUUAAAAAUGAUGUAAACUGUGGAAUAUGAAAGUGUCGUAAAGAAACUUUGGGUAUCAAAGUCAAGAAAGAUAUAAACUUUGGAAUAUCAAGGUAUCAAGUAAAAACUUUGAGAUAUCAAAGUUGAAGAUGUAAAAUUUAGGGGUACCAAAGUGCAAUAAUCCUAGAUACUAUGAUCAUUUAUAAUUGAGAAAUUGACUCUAUAGAAAACUGAUCGUUGGAAAGAAUCAACUUCACUUUUAUGGUUAAGUUGCACUUAAAUGCCCUAUAUUUUUUAGCAACCUUGCACCUAAGUGACUUAUUUUAAAACCAAGCAAAUAAAUACCCCAAAUUAUUUAAAUAUUACAGAUAAAUACCCUCAAGUUCCAAAAUGUUACGCUUUGAUGUUCUUCUAUUUACCUAAUGCCGCACGUUAGUGCCUUCUUGUUUGCUUAAUAUUACAUAUAAAUACCCUAAUUUUGUAAAUAGUCUCACUUAAAUACCUUAAAAAGUUUCUAAAAUUUGCAUUUUAGUACCCCUUUGUUAUGCAAUAUUCUUGGAUAUGCAGAGAAACAUUAACGCCAUCUGCGUUUUUUUAACUUUGGGUUAUUUAUCUGCAAUAUUCUUGGAUAUGGGGAGAAAUGUAAUUCACCAUAUGUAAUUAACAACUAAUCCAACCACAUGCAAUUUAGACAUAAUAACUAAAAAAAUAGGAGUAAUUUGAACUAAAGAAUAAGAUUUCAGGUACCUCAUAGCAAUUUCUACGAAUGAGGGGCGACUAAAAUUGGAGAUUUUAGAGACCAAUUUGGAUUUGGAACAAAUGGAUGUGGUAAGAUAUGUCCUUUACCCGACUCGAACCCGACCCAUGUGUAGCCAAAAUGGAGACGGCGGCCUCUUCUCUGUCAAAACCUUCAUCUCUUUUUUGAGUUCUCUGAGGAUCCUGGAAACCCUAGGCAAUGGAGGAAGCAAUCGCUAAAGCAGACAAAGAGGAUGGACUAAAAGGAUCUAAAGGAGGGUGGAAAGAAUUUUUGGAGUCUCAUGGCAAGAAAUUUGGCGCUGGGUUAAGCGAUCCGGCGAGAAGGUCUGCAGAUGUGUUGAUUGGGUUUCUGCAAACUUUCACUAAAAAAGAUUGCGGGUUUCUUAGUAAAAUGAUAAAGCGCAGGAGUGAUCGCACGGAGAUGGGGAGGUUUAUUAAGGAGUUUCCAGAUCAGGAAACCCCUGAACAGGACUGGAUGAUAGUGCCGUUGGGUAAAAAUUUUAAGGCGAUGUGUUCGCAAACUUUACUUUCUGUUGAUUGUGAGAUGGUUCUUUGCGAAGACGGUAGUGACACAGUAGUUAGAGUAUGUGCUGCAGAUGGAACUUGGAAUUUGAAUGUUCAGGUUAAACUUGAUAAACUUGUAAAACCCAGUAAAGAUGUUGUUGACUAUAGAACAGAUAUUACUGGGAUCUCUGCUAAAGAUUUGGUGGGAGUUACUUGUUCAUUAGAUGAAGUACAGGAAAGUUUGAAGAAGUUGUUACCACAUGGUACAAUUUUAGUUGGUCACGCAUUACAUAAUGAUCUAAAAGUUGCUGCCAUUCCUAAGCUGAAGCACGCUGUUGAUGGUGCUCAGAGUGAUGAGUCUGCAUUCUUGCUGAAUGAUGCAUAUAAAAAUGACGAACACGCUGUUGAUGGUGCUCAGAGGUUUCUUGCGCUCAAAGUGGCAAGUAGAAGGAUAUCUAAAUAUGCAGGUAGAUUUGCUCGAGAAUCUGUGCUGUGUUAUAAAAUCAGUAAGGAAGGUGAACCACAUAAUUGCCUUAUUGAUGCACAAGCUUCAAUGAGGUGCUGGAGUUUGAUCUAACAAAGCUGCUUCUUCACAAAGUAUCAGUUGAAGUACCUUGUCAAGAACUGCAGGGUGUAUUUUCUACGAAAUAUGAAAUUGAUAUUCAGGCUGAUGUCAGAGUUCGAGGCCAAUAUUAUUCUACCUUUGCUGUUUUUAAGGAUGCAGAAAAUGCAUAUUCCGCAUUUAGAGGAAUAGAAGGGCAAGAAAUCAUGGAUUCUAGCGGACGUCUACAAAAGAACAUCUUGCUUCGCUAAGUACAGGAUGAAAGUUUACUUUCUAUGUUCGCGGGGUGAUAUAUACCAAAGAAAAGAUUUGCUCCAGGACCAAAAAAGGCAAAGAAUUGUCUCUGCAGCAAUGUAGUUAUCAUGUAGAAGACAUCGAGAAACUGGAGCAAAGCUUCGAGACAGAGAUGAUCACGCAAAAGAAAUUGAGAAAUUAAAGCCAGAGCUCCGAGAUAGGAAAAAAUAUAUCAUAAAGUUUUAAGUAAAUACCAUAAAAUUUCAGAAACAAAACAUUACUAAAUUAUCAUGAAUUCUGAAAUAAACUCACUAAAAUCAUGAACUAUCAUGGACUGUCGGAGACUAUCAUAAAGCUGCCAUACAGUUUUCCGGUAGAUAUUUCUCUGUAAUUUGAAACUUCUUAAAAAAAAUUCAAAUAACAAUACUUUGUGAUAUUUUUUACGAAAAAUACCAUAUAAACUAUCAGAAAAUUACCCGUAAUUAAAUUACAUACAUGAACUUUUAUUUAUGCUACACAAAACCACCUAUGCUAUGAAUUUUCACAUUUAAUAUAAAUGUUCAAAAACCCAGUUGUGAGAUAACAAUUUCCCAUGCUAAUUAUGUCAAUACUUGUGACUAAUUUAGUGUCAGUUACGUAUGAAUAAUUUCUAAAAUUAACUGAAAGUAAUAAAGGAUACAGCACAAUUUUCAAAAUCUCUUUUUUUAUUAUUCCUUUUUUUUAUCCUUUUUC